AUGGCGCAGAGAGGAAAUCAGCUGAAUUCAGAGAAACUUUCUUGUUCCAUCUGUCUGGAUCUACUGAAGGAUCCAGUGACAAUUUCCUGUGGACACAGCUACUGCAUGAACUGCAUUAAAACACACUGGGAUGGAGAGGACAGGAAGAGAAUCUACAGCUGCCCUCAAUGCAAAAAGAUUUUCACAUCAAGGCCUGAGCUGGUCAAAAGUGUCAUGUUAGCAGAGUUAGUGGAGGAGCAGAAGAAGACUGGACUCCAAGCUGCUGCUGCUGAUCUCUGCUAUGCUGGACCUGAAGAUGUGGCCUGUGAUGUCUGUACCGGGAGGAAGAUGAAAUCUGUCAAGUCCUGUUUGCGCUGCAUGAUCUCCUACUGUGAGCAACACCUCCAACCUCACUAUGAUUCACCUCCAUUAAAGAAACAUAAGCUGAUGGAGCCCUCCAAGAACCUCCAGGAGAACAUCUGCUCUCGUCAUGAUGAGGUGAUGAAGGUUUUCUGUCACACUGACCAACAGUUGGUGUGUUAUUUCUGCACAAUGGAUGAACAUAAAGGACAUGAAACAGUCCCAGCAGCAGCAGAAAGAACAAAGAAGCAGAAGGAGCUGGAGGUGAGUCGACUGAACAUCCAGCAGAGGAUCCAGGACAAAGAGAAAGAUGUGGAGCUGCUUCAACAGGAGAAAAAAAGCUUAGAUGUGAAGCAGCAGAUCAGAUCCCAGCAAAAGGCUGAAGAGAGUCGAGUCAAAGAGCUUCAGAAGAAGCUGGAGCAGGAGAUCAAGGAUCUGAAGAGGAAAGACGCUGAGCUGAAGAAGCUGUCAGAUACACCAGAUCACACCCAGUUUCUCCACAACUACCCCUCAGUGUCAACAUUCAGUGAAUCCUCCCACUCAUCCAGAAUCAACAUUCAUCCUCGGAGACACUUUAAGGAUGUGACAGCAGCUGUGAAAGAGGUCAGAGAUCAAAUACAGGACAUUCUGAGGGACAGCAGAACAGACAUCUCAAUGGCAGGGACUCAACCAGAUGUUCCUCUGUCAGACUCACAACCAGAACCAACGACCAGAGCUGGAUUCCUAAAAUACGCACGACAAAUUACUCUGGAUCCAAACACACCACACAGAUAUCUGCUAUUAUCUGAGGGAAACAGAAAAGCAACGUUAAUGAAUCAACAGCAGUACCCUCCUCUUUACCCUCCUAAUCCAGAGAGAUUCGCUGAAUGUCAGCAGGUCCUGAGUAAACAGAGUCUGACUGGACGUUGUUACUGGGAGGUGGAGUGGAGAGGAAUAAGAGGAGUUGAGGUCGCAGUCGCAUACAAGAACAUCAGCAGAGAAGGGAGAUCAGAUGAAUGUCAAUUUGGAUUCAACAACAAAUCUUGGGCUUUACGUUGUUACAUAGACAAAUAUAAAUUUUUGCACAACAGAGUGAAAACUCUCCUCUCAGGUCCUCGGUCCUCCAGAAUCGGCAUCUAUCUGGAUCACAGUGCAGGUAUUCUGUCUUUCUACAGCGUCUCUAAAACCAUGACUCUCCUACACAGAGUCCAGACCACAUUCACUGAGCCUCUACUAGUUGGAUUUCAUCUUUGGAAUCUUCACAACUCUGCUGAGUUCAUUAAACUCAAAUCGAGUAAUUCCAGUGUCUGA